AUGGGAGACAAUGCAAUUAUCAAUCAGUUUUUGCACACUGUUUGUGCAAAUGCUCACAUUCAACAUUGUAUGCAUAAAUGUGAUCAUGCACUGACGAGUAUAGGUAAAGAUGAUGACGAGAUUGCGUUUAAGCAAAGAUUUUAUGGCAGUUGUCGUUUUGGUAUGUUUGAGGAGUAUAGUGCAAAACAUAAACGGGAAGAGGACGAGAAAAGCGGAAAACUAAAUGAUGACCACCAGUUUGUUUUCACAGGUUUUGCAACCCUUGACGGAAAACAAUUCCAGUACAAACAUCUAAACACAAAAACGGUGUUUUAUAGCAGACAACAAACCGUUGAACAAGCCGGCAAAGAAUGGGUAGCCGAAAACCCUGGUAGAGCAUGGUUUGAAGUUGUAACUGUUGUUAAAGACGGUGUUGAAAUACAACAAAAACGUAAAAAGAGUUCAGUUUUUAUGUCUGGGACCGCUUCGGGUAGCGAAAGUUACGGGAAAAGGAGAAAGCAAAAGGAAACAAAACUUAGACAGGCAACAUUAUUUGAAUUUUAUAAGCAGGAAUAG